AACACCAGCCGCUUAGAAAGGCGAGUCGGCGGCGGCGGAGCCACAUAUAAAAGAAGGUCGCAGCCACGCGGACACGGCUUCCUACGAGGCCCGAAUUCUCUCCACGUCGGAUCUGUGACUCGCGAUGGCUCAGGCCGCGACGUGCGUGCAAAAGAUAUAUAAUGGAGUAAUUGAAGAUGUCAUCAAUGGAGUUAGAGAAUACUUCUUGGAUGAAGGAGUUGACGAGGAAGUGCUGACAGAACUGAAGCAGUUAUGGGAACAAAAACUACAGCGAAUGAAUGUUUUUGAUCACCCAGAACCAGGUACAGCCAAUACAUCCCACCAACAGCAGCUUCAGCAGCAACAACAACAGCAACAGCAGCAACAACAACAGCAACAAAAUGCACAAGGAGGAGCACCAGCAUCUACCAUGCUACCCACCAACUUAGUGCCGGUACAAAUCACAGUGCCAGCACAGCAGGCUGGAGGCGCACCAAAGACUAUCACCAUCCACGUACCAUCAUCAGCAUUGGCUAAUGGUGUUGCUGGACAGCAGCUGCAAACCAUCUUGAGUGCUACAGAUGCAGCCCACACAUUUUCGCUGGAGCCUAGUCGUGCAGCUGAAAUCAUCCAGAGGAAACUCAAUCAGGCACUAGAGGAAAAUGGAAUUACUUUACCUCCACAAUUGCUGCAGUACAACCAUAUUGCCACUACACAGGUGGACGGAGCAUUUGAUGAAGAAGAACUUGGCCCAACUCCUAGUACUUCCAAAGGGAAGGCAAGCAAACCAGCCUUAGCUCAGAUGACGUGGAGCAAAGAAAGCCAACCAUCCCUGUCCGUUGACAGAGGCACAAUGGACAGACUUCUUUUUGCAAGAUUGAAAGCUUCACAGGUUGAUGGUGCAUAUGGAACUGGAGACAGUUCAUCAGAGAUUUCAGAAGAUGAAGACGAUGACGAUGAUGAAAAGGAUGAUGAAGAGGACAAGAAAUCUUUAGAUGGGGAAGAGGAGGAAGAUGAAGAUGAUGCACAAGAAGAGGAACCUUUGAAUACUGAUGAUGAUGUGAGUGAAGAUGACAGUAAUGAUAUGUUUGAUACAGACAAUGUUGUUGUGUGUCAGUAUGAUAAGAUUACUAGAGUAAGAAACAAGUGGAGGUUUAUUUUGAAGGAUGGCAUCAUGAACCUGAAGGGUAAGGAUUAUGUCUUCCAGAAGUCAACCGGAGAAGGAGAAUGGUAGAAAUCAUUGGAUUUUUGUUUAGUCAACACUGAGGAGCACCUAGUUAGCAUACCCACAUCAACACACAAUCUUCUCAAGACUUGCACAAGCAUUGUGGGGAAGAGAACCUCAGCAGAAAGUUUUUUUUUACCUCACAGGAGUUCAAGUGUCCAGGGAUGUGCUAGUAGCAUCUGGCAGGAAGAUGAUGUGCCAUUCAGGGUAGCUUUUAGGUGAAAAGUGUAUUCAGUGGCUCUUAUUUUGUUUCAAGUUGAGGCUCGAAACAGCAGUUGGUAAUUUGUACAGUAUUUGAUAUUCAUGCUUUGUGUUGUGCAUAUAAAAAGUAGGGAGGGUUAGAACAAAGUUCUAAAGGGAAGGAAGUGUGUUUUUAUAUGGAAUGAAAACAAUUAUGAUGACAUUGUUAAGUUGUUUAUCAUUUUUCGAAGAAGUUGGUACUUCAUUGAUAAGAUAUACAAGUCCCAUGUAGGGAAUAUAUUGUUUCGUUGAGAUGAAAUUAUACUCAUUAAAGAAAAUAUUGUAAAAUUCUUAGUACGAUAGGGAUGAAAUGCAGAUGUUUACUGUAUUUUAGAUAAAUAUUUCAUACAGUCACAAUUUCCAUUAUUUUUCCUUCAGAAGUUAUUUUGGAAAGUAGCAGUUUCAGAAUAUAUUUAGGCUUGUAUUUGUUUUAUGUUUUUGCCCAUACAAUUAAUCACUAGCCUUGUUUUAAACAUUGAUAGUCCUGUUAGUGGGGGAAGGCACCCUCCUAUGUAAACCAGAUAAUGAGAAGAUAUGCAGAAGUUAUUAAAAAGGACUAUUAUUUAACUUUGCUUUAUACAUUUUGGGGCAAAACUGCUUUCUUUCAGUAACAAGUUCCUUAGCACUUGAAUAUAAGAGACCAUGCAAGAGCUUAACAAUUUGCUGAUAUCUUUGUGUAACCUUUGAACAUUUAUUGUACUUCAAAGUUAUAUAUAUGCUUUGUGUGUGACUAUUUGAGUCCCAGAGAAGGAAAUGGAAGUGGGCUUUGUCACCACAUUUUAUUUAUUUGUGAUAAUUCACAAUUAAUAAAGUAGAUUAAUAAGUUAUAUUGUAUCCUUACAGUGUAUGCCUUACUGAAAAUGGAGAGAAUUAUUAAGCAGUAGUUUUGUUGAUAAUAUACAAAUGUUCAAAUAUUGUUUAUCAUCCUGGCACAAAUUGUUAUCAUGAGUACUGCAUAUGUUGCACAGUUAUCAUUGUAGAAGGAGCUCUUCCAAACUAGAGAAGAACCUCAAUCAGUUUUACCUGCCUUCUUAACCCUUAGCCACAGGGUGGUGUGUACGUACAUGCCAGGGCAUGCCUGGACUAUAUGAACGGGGUCAUGUACAUAAAUGCCAUGGUGUGCCAAACCUGUUUUCCAGGGACAUGUACAGUCAUGCCUUGCAUGCUAGGGUGAAGACACAAGCCCCCAGCAGCGGGGCCUAGGCUACAACCCGGGAGAGAGGGCUUGCAUAUCAGGAAAGCAUCCGUCAGCAUUGGGUUAAGAAUGUAUGAUGUCAUGUUUGUUUAUUUUUUUUAUUUAUUAUAUAUAUAUAUAUAUAUAUAUAUAUAUAUUAUUUUUUCCAAUACGAAGUGGCAUAAUGAUUUGUGUGAGUUAAUUUAUAUUGAUAAAAGAGCCUCCUCUGAAAAGUACUAUCUAAAUGUCUUAAAUACCAUUUGGUAUAAGUUUUUUUUUAUGGCAUUAAAGGUCCCAGUGUUAAAAGUAAUUUGUAGCCAUGAGAUUUGUGUGUGUAUUGACAUAUAUGAAUUAUAUUUACAUUUUGAUAUGUUUUGUGUAAUAUAGGAAGUUCUGGUAUUAAUAUUUCCCUCUUAUUUUUCACUUUUGUUGGAAAAUGCAUAAUCAUUGCUUAAUUUGUGAAGGUAAUGAAUUAAAGAGGUUAAUGGCUUCAUAUUAGUGAAAAAAUAAACUGCCAGUAAGGUGAAAUGUUAUAUUAUUGUAGUUGUUAAACUUAUUGUACCAAAGUAAAGUCUGUGUUCAUUGCUUCAUGGAUAAGUUCCAUGAUAUAAAAGGCAAUGAGUUACAUUAAACAUAUCUACAAUUCAUUAUAAGAAAAGGUGUUGAAACAUUCCAGAUACGAGAAGACUAGUAUUUUCAUAUUUUUCUUAUAUCAGUGAUGUGAAGCAAGUGAAUUCGGCAUAGAAUAUAAAACAUAUUUCAAUAAGAUAUAUUCCUCAGGUGAGAUACUUUAGAAGAGAAUGGUUGUGAAUUUAGCAGGUAAAUGUAGUAGACAGUGAGAUUUGUCAGACCUGCUGUAAUGAAUAUGGAUUGUUAGCACAAAAAGGAACCUGGAUGAAAUUAAUAUACUAUGCAACCAACAGCUGAGUCACCUAUGAAAUUUAGUGAACUGGUAUGUAGGGAAUAUGUAACAAUCCAAUGUAUAGAACUCUAAUGCCCUAAUCUACCUAUAUAUAGUUAAUUUUAUAAUUAACUUGUGUGUAUCAUUUGGGUAUUGGAUGUCACUAAGUAUAUUUGCUUAUUAUAAAUCACCAAAGAUCUUCACUUCCAAACUUCAAAGUAAGCAAGUUCGACCCUCUUCAACAGUCUCACUUGUGUGGGAUAGUGAAGGUAAUUCACAGUGUAUGAAUUACAGUGAAAAAAUGAGUUACAGUGAACUGUUUCUGGGACUGUGAUCAUUUUGCCAUUAAACACACUGUACAAGCCUUUAUUGUUUCAAAUAACCUCUAGAAGGGAGGAUUAUAGUGGAGCAUGUUUGUAUUGUGUGCACAUGUUUGAGUGUUCUGUGAUGCUCAUGAGUUCUUCCCAAUAUAGUUUUUUUUCAGCAGUA